AUGAGCCUUCUCUCCAUAAGAAUUGCUCCUUCUGCCGCUUCAAGGGCUCUCAACCUCCUCCGGGCUGUGCAAUUUACACAUCCUCCAGCCUGUCCCUGUCACUCCAACCCUACUCAUCACCAUCACAAUCGCCAUGGAUCGCCCCUAUCUAGGUAUGCCCGUAAUCUUGCAACCCCUAUCGAUCCCUCUUACCAAAAGGAAUACGCCUUUGAAAUGGCCGCCUCGAGCAUCAGAUUUGGGCCAGGCUCCACUAAGGAGGUCGGUAUGGACUUCAAAAACUUGGGCGCUAAACGUGUUUGUGUGGUGACGGAUUCAACUGUCGCCAAGCUUGAUGCUAUAAAGCAUUCAAUUAUGGCCUUGAGGGAAGAAGAUGUGGAGUUUACCAUAUACGAUAAGGUCCGCGUUGAGCCAAAGGAUUAUUCAAUCAAAAAUGCUAUCGCCUUUGCGAAGCUAUACAAUGCCGAUGCUUUUCUUGCUGUGGGUGGCGGGUCCGUUAUCGACACCGCCAAACUCAUGAAUCUGUACUGCGUUUACCCGGAGGCCGAUUUCCUGGACUUCGUAAAUGUCCCUCUUGGAAAAGGCUUGCCAAUUACCAGAUCACUCAAGCCUCUAAUUGCCGUACCCACCACUGCUGGUACCGGCGCUGAGACCACAGGUACCGCCAUUUUCGACCUAGUUUCCAAGAAAGCAAAGACAGGCGUGGCACACAGAAACAUGAAGCCCACGCUGGGCAUAUGCGACCCUCUCAACACACGAACCAUGCCUUCGCAAGUUCAUGCCUCGACCGGCCUGGACGUCCUCUGCCAUUCCCUUGAAUCAUGGACCGCGAUCCCCUACAGCGAAAGAACGCCGAGACCCACCAACCCAAUUCACCGCCCCGCCUACCAAGGCGCAAACCCCAUAUCAGACAUCUUCUCCCUGCAGGCGCUGCGCAGUACGGUCAAGUAUCUCCCUCGCGCCGUUAAGGACCCAGAUGACACUGAAGCCCAAAGCCAAAUGCUUCUCGCUGCAACGUUGGCAGGUGUGGGAUUUGGGAAUGCCGGCGUCCAUCUUUGUCACGGGAUGAGCUACCCUAUUUCCGGACAGAAUCCGGGCUACAAGCAUCCAGGAUAUGUCGUGGACCAUGACAUAAUCCCCCAUGGCGUGUCUGUCGCAGUUACCGCACCAGCUGUUUUCAAAUUCACGGCAGCUAGCAAUCCAGACCGCCAUUUAGCUGCGGCGGAAGCGUUUGGGGUGGACAUCUCAAACGUGAAAAGAGAGAGCGCAGGCGAAGUGUUGGGUGAAGCGGUCGCUGAGUUCCUCAUCGGGCUGGGAGAUCAACCGCGUGGCUUAAAGCAGCUUGGAUUCAGUUCUAGCAGUGUGGACGGUCUGAUUGAGGGUACCAUUCCACAACAGCGUGUGUUGAACCUGGCCCCGAACCUGAGCAAAGAGCUGGAGACGGAGAAGGAGGAGCUGAGGAAACUUUUCGAAGAAUCGAUGGAGUUUUGA